UUAUUGCUGUGUGUUGUGUGAAGCAAAUAGAAAACAUUUCAGUUUAAACGUAACGUUGCAUACGUCAAGAUCGCGCGAUUCCGUAUGCUAAGCGCAAACAUAUUUAGAUACACGCUAGACUUAGCUAGUUAGUUGUUGAGCAGACGUUUGAGAUCGCACGAUCAUUUGCGCGCUUUUAAAAAAUACUUACUUAAGGCAAGCGCGCGUUCGCGUUAAUUGGCGACUGUAAGCGCCUAGCGAUUUUCAAUUUUUAUCGCGCGCGCAGGAAAUGUGUAUUAAUUUCGUAACGCUAGCUUAUUGGCUGCAACAAGUGUAGUAAUCGCGUGUACAGAACGCGCUUGGUGAAAUUGGAAAAAAAAAUUUUAAAUAUUUAAUAUUUCUAAAAAUUAGAAUUUUUUGAUUUUCUGCAAGGGAAAGCGCUUUAUUGGUGGAAAAAUGUAAAAAUUGCGCGUUCCUUGCAACUAAGUGAAAUUAUACGAAAAUACGCGCCAUGCUCCACAUGUGGAAAAAAAAUAUUUUUCUUUUGUAAAUUUUAGUAUUCAUAAAUCAACAGCGCCCGCUUUGAAGUGCAAUUUUGUAGCGCGCAAAUCAUUAAAAUAGUGCAAAAAUAUAUGUACAUAUAUAGUACAUUUGUAUGUAUGUAUUUAUACAGCAUGUGUUGAGUGACACGAUCGGGCAACACUGCCAAUUGAUUUUCCGUUGAUUUUCAAAUAAACGUUUUAGAAAAUGCUAACUACGCCAAUAGUCUAAACCGAUAGUUAAAGUGAUCUGCCAGUGAUCCUCGCUUCGCAAGUGAUCCUCCUUACCCAUGCGCAACCCUCAACUGGCGAUUAGACAGUCCAAAAUUCGUUACUCAUCAAAACAAGAGUGUCUCCUCACCGAAGGUUCUUAACUGUGUCGCCGUGUUUAAUUGAGUUCUACGAAUUUACGCUGUGUGUGACUGUAAGCAAAUAAAGCCAAAGCCAUAGCCGCAGUAAAAGCAAACGAAGUGGACGAAAAAUAACAAAACCUUUAUCAAAAACAACAAAAACCAAAGUGAUCAUAAAGAUACUUGAGCGAAAGGUCGAGGAAUACCCUACCAACACAUUGCACUUAAGUAACACUGAGCGCGCGUGUGUGUGUACGUAUAUGUAAACGAAGACACUUGAGUUACACAAAAAGAUAUGUGACGACGACGUCAGCAGCGGCGACACAUUGUCCGACGUUCAAGUAGUGGCAAGCAAUAAGAGCAACCUCCAGGAAGCCACAGACGAGUACAAAAUGCAACAACAACAAAAAUAACAACAAAACGGUAUUACAACAACAGCAGCAAAGUCAUUAAUAAGCAAGCGCCGUACGUGCAAGCCGUAGCUACUAAUAAUAAAAAUAAAGUAUCUAGCAGAUACAAACACACACACACAUAUCCAAGCAUAAAUGCAUGUGAGCAUAUAUAGCUAGCUGCGUGUGUAGCCACUGAGCAAAAGCAGUCACAAGCUGAGCGCCAGCCAACAGGCGACAGAAGAUCACCGAGAACCUGAAAAGGAAGCCGCAACAACAACGAGACAACAGCAUACACUUAAGACAAGUUGAGCUAAAUAGUUGCAUGUCAUUGCUGUUAUUGUAGUGUUGUUGUUGCUUGUGUUGGAUUGCUUGUAGCUAGUCUCAUUGGUAAACAGCAUGAAAUAUUCGUGGCAUUAAAGACGGCGCCAGCAUACCUGCCAAUGUCUAUGGAUGUCUGUCGAACGGCAGCGCAGCCGUAGUCGCCGACGCGACACUUACCGUUGUACAACUUGCUGUGGCUAUUAUUGUUGUUGUGCCAGGGCAGGCCACACAAGGCAGACAAGGCAAUCCAGCAGUAGCUUGGCAAGAUCGUCCGACAAGUCUAGAGGCAACGGCAACGACAAGCAAGCGCACGCUUAAUAACAGCAAAUUGAAUACGUCACGUCGCUACGCGGCAACAACAACAACAAUAAGCAAAUAACUGCAACAAUUGCAAUAAGAAAAGCAAUAAAAGUUGCUACACGCCGACAACGCGAACGGUUAAAUCAAGCGCACCGCCGCAGAAAGCCUGCAUUGACAAGAGAUAAUUACAGCGCAAGCAACAACAACAACAAACACACUAAAAUAGCAUUACAACAAAGUGGAGGCAGGCGAUUCCAAACGCUGCAAGACUGCAUGAUCCCGGCGGCACAACGCAAUCACGUCAACAAAACCUUAGCAACAGCAAUAUGGAAGCUGCCGCAACAACAACUACAACAACAAAACACUAUAAUAAAACAACAAAAUUACAAAACAAUCAUCAUCGUGCCACAGAACGACGCGGCACAUAUCGCACACAAGGCGGCGAAGCGCAAGCAAAUGCCAGCGAUAACGUCAAAGUGCCGAAGCAGACCGCCAAGCAGGCCAAGGCAGCAGCAGCAGCUGCACAACGCGCCGCAGCACUCGCUGCCUACACAGCAACGGAUACAGUAGUCAGCGGCAGCACUGGCAAGGCGACGGCUGGCGGUGCCAAAGAUCCACUUGCGAUUGGCAACGAGGCAGCGGUGGUCAUACAAGGCAACAAUAAGUCGGCACGCGCCAGGGAAGCUAGAGGAGAGCAAAAGACUGUUGUAAAAUCGGAAACAGCCACAACAAAUAUUAAUAAUAACAACAACAACAAUAAUACAACAACCGCCACUAGCAGUAGCAGCAGCAACAACAAACACAGUGAUACUAGUAACAGUAGUUUAAGCAAAAGUAAUUUUAACUUAAGUCAAAAUGAGUUGGCGCGCAAAAGUGAAAAAUCACAGCAGCAACAACAACAACAACAACAACAGCAAAAUGUCGACAAUAGUAGUGAUAGGACAGUAACAGCUAAAGCAGCGGAGGCAACAGCCGCAGGCGCAUCGCCAGUGGCAGCCCCUGCCGCCGAGCCGAAUACUUGGAACAACGCGCGGUAUUUACACAAAAAGUUCAAACGCCUCGCUAGCACCACAGACGUGGACAACGUGGCGGACAGUCAGAGCGUCAAUGCCGCGGGCAGCAGCGCGAGCAGUGAGGCAGGCAGUGAGGCGGCGCCAACGCGCACCACCUCGCUGUCUUCAGCGGCGUCGACAAGCUCAAUAUCGCCACCACCGGCCACAACACCUACACCCACAGCGGCGACGUACGCGCAAAGCACAGCGCCAACCGCCAACGUCGCUUAUGUACAAAGUGCUAUUUCCGCGUUGCCAUUGACGAAUGGACACGCGCACGCGACGGCGGCAUCGGCAUCGGCACCGGCUGUUGCAACAGUGGAGCAGUCAAAUUACAAUAACAACACGAAUAGUGUAAAAUAUAGCGGCGCAACUGCACAAAGCAGUAACCACAGUGAGAGCAAUAACAAUGAUAGCAUCAGCGCGGCGCAACAGCUGGAGGCAGAACAAAUACCGCAAACUUUGUCGCACAUUUAUGAGAAUCAACAGAAUCAGCAGAAUAACGGUGGCAAUAGCAAUGCCAGCACGGGACGCUAUGUGUGCCCCUAUUGCAAUCUGAAUUGUACAAAACCGUCGGUGCUGCAGAAGCACAUACGUGCGCACACCAACGAACGUCCCUACCCGUGCGACAUCUGCGGCAUCGCAUUCAAAACGAACAGCAAUUACUACAAACAUUGCCGAUCGCGUUCGCAUGCUGCGCGGAAACGCGGCAUCGCGGUGCCUAUAAGCGCCGAUGAUGGCCUCUUCGGCGGCUCCGAUCAGGAGGGCGAUCCGGAAUUGAGCAACAGCAGUUCAGAUGUGAUAAGUCGCACCGCUUCGCCGCUGGAAGAUCUUAAUAUCGCUUCGUCGCCUGGGGUAAUGAGCACUACGCCGUCAACAGCCAGCACGCUUACACCGCAACAACUACAGCAGCUGCAACAACAGCAACAAAAGCAGACGCAACUACAACAGCAACAACAAAUUGUUUUGGCAAUACAACAGCAGCAGCAGCAGCAGCUGCAGCAAGCAAACGCCGCGCAAUCAUCACAUGUCGCGCUGCCAUCCACACCCUCACCAUCGUCGCUUUCGUCAGCGAAAAGCGCCUACUUGCAACAGCCGCAACAAUUACCGCUGGGUUCACCAGCUGCUGGCACAUUGCCGCCACCGCAACCAACGACAUCAAACGUCACUACAAUUACUGCCGUUACCACCACAUCCAAACAGGCCGCCACCGAGCUUAAACCUUACAAACCGAAAUUUCACAAUGCCGCCUUUUACGCGACGACAAAGGAGGCAGCGGCAGCAGCCGUCGCAGCUGGCAUGCCGCCCGGUCUACUGCAACCCUUGCCGUUACAACAGUCGCCACACCAGCAACUACCACAAGCGCCACCACAUAAUAUGCCGCCUGCUACACACCUAGCAAUGCUGCCACAAGCGCAAGCGCCACCGCCAGCGCCAACUGUGGCGCAUCAUCCAUCGCUGUCGCCCAGCACUCAAGUAAAGUUGAGCAAUCACAUAAACACACAUCAGUUACAGUUGCAGCUGCAACAGCCACAACAACCGCAAGCGCUGCACGUGCUACCGCCACCGCUCAAUGCGGGCAUACCGCUGCAUCACGUGGCGGCCAUGUCGCCGAAAAGCGCCGGGCCGCGCCCUGACUUGGUGAAUGCAGCAGCGGCUGUAGCCGCGGCCAACAUGGGUUAUCUGCCAGGCACGCGCAUGAUCUAUUCGGGUGGUAUUGAUUUUCCGCCCGAGGCACUGCACAUGAUGACGGCCGAUAAACGUCAAAAACUGCACUUCCAGUACAAGUGGUUGGAGCAAGAGUUGCAACAACACUUUCACAAGCUAAGUCAGCAGCAGCAACAGCAGUUGCAGCAUAUGUCGCAAUCACAGUUAGCCGCACAUGUGCCACCAGCCCCAACAACAGUACUAAAACCCACCGCUACAUUGCCAGUGCACGCACGCGCCACUAGCGCCACAAAUGCCCAACACGUAAACGCGCCGUCAGCAGCAGGUAUGCAGCAAAUGACUGCGUCUGCGCCGUUGCCCGGCGCGCAACAAACGUCAUUACAAUAUUUUUCCAGCACUGGCGGCGGCAGCAUGGUGAGUGGCGUCAGCAGUGCCACCAGCAACACCACAGCCUCCAUAAGUACCGGCAUCUUGCAUAGCAACAUCUCCAAUGCGGCCGCCAGCGGCACGAACAAAGUGGCCGAUCUUGUGCAGGAACACAUCACCAAGUUGAUCUCACAGAAUGAGGCGAUCGUGGAGAAUAAAGCCGUGCUUUUGCAGAAGAAAUAUCCGAAGGGUCUGAAUCGCUCGCGUAGUUUUACCAAUAAUGGUGGUGGCAGCAAUAGCGGCGCGACGGCCACCUCGACAGGGAAUGCGGGUGGCAGCAACGUCAGUUUGGUCGCCACUACAGCCGUGGGCAGCGAUAGCGCCACCAACGCAAGACUAGCCCAAGCGAUUGUACAGAAGCAACAACAGCAACAGUUACAGCAACAAUUGCAGCAACAGCAACACUAUCAACAGCAAUUCCAGCAGCAGCUAAUGGCCGGCUCACAAGCAAUGCAAAUGCCACCGCCUUCGCAGCAGCAACAACAGCAACAUAUUGCACAGCUGCGUCUCGAGGAGCACCAUCAACUGCAGCUGCAGCAACAACAACAACAGCAGCAGCAACAUCACAUGCAACCAAAUGGUAUUUCAAAGAAUCUUAUGCCAAUGUCCAGCACGACAAAGUCCAGCGGCAUUGCAGCGCCUAUGCCACAACACUUGCAAACUUUGCAUCCGCAACCACAACGUCAUCCAACCACAACCGCUUACAGACAGCUAUCGACUGCGCUGCCACCUGAAACGCAACGCCCAACACCGUCACCUACAAGCGCCCAAUCUACCGGCGGCUCAUUACACAAGGACAACAUGAACGCGAUGCAGCAGAUAAGCGCCGCCGCCAACUCAAAUACGCUGCCUUUGAACCUCUCCGCUAAGCCGAAGCCGCGUCAGGAAGAACAAACCGAAACCAUUCCAGCUAGCAACUUAGCCACAACACCAAGCAAUACUCCGCGCAAGCGUCAGUCUAUCGAAAACCAGAUGUCCAAUUCCAGCAAUGAUGGUUCCACCAACAGUUCGAUGGUUACCGCACCGCCAGCUGCUAGUAGCGGCGUCGCCAAUGCCAAGCAACCAACGAAUGUUUCUAUAAUUAAGAAUUUGCUGCUGAAUGCGCGUGGUUUGGCGGUACCAACCGGUGAAGGUGAGGAUGCUGUUUACAAUUGUCCACUCUGCGCGAAUACCUUCCGCACGGCGGAGGACUUACAGCUGCACAACAGCACUUACUGCCAAGGUGCCACAAGCGCGCCCAUCAGUCCAGUAUCGUCGCCUUCGUACCUCCACUUCCGCUCAAACUCGAUGACAUUGAAUUUGCCCGAGCUGAAGAACACCAUCUUAAGUUCACAAAAUCCACUGCCGCUCGCUAAGCUGGCUUGGUAUCAGCUACGCACCAAACCGAGUUCGUUGGUUUUAAGUCGACUGAGCGCCUCGCAGGCUGGCAGCUCAAAGGCUACUACAACCACUACUACUUCGGCGACAUCCACCGCACCGACUAGUUCAACAAGUAGUAAUAGUGUGGCCAACUGUGUUGCUUCACCUCGAAGUACACCGCCUAAUGGUCCACCAGCCAAUUUGACAUUACCCGAUCCGAACAUUGUGCGUUUGAUCGACGCACCACUGCCAUCACCAGGUCCACUGUUGGGCAAAACACCACUUGUCGAUUUUGGUAAUACCAGCGAGACGCGUAAGACGUCAGAAGAUGUGAUUAUAACCAAAAUGCAUGAAGAUCGUCAAUUCGAGACACAUACAUCGGCGAAACGCGCUAAACUGGCUUCGGAUAGCAACGAGGUAUUUUCGCUAAAUCAAGCACCUACCAGCAGCAAGCGCUUGACCAUCAAUAGCAUCAGUGGCGGUGAUAUACAGCUGCUGCCCAACACCAGUACCAGCGACCUGAGCAAAAAGGAGGAACGCAUGCGUCGGUUUACUUCCUCCGGCGGCUGUAUAAUACCACUCUCGGAAUGCAGCGAUGUGGAUAAGAGCACUAAAAUGAUACGUACACCCUUGCUCUCGGGCGGUAGUUUUCAGGAAGUCUCACCGAAACCGAAAGAUAAGGAGAACAAAAGUGGCAUUGCAUUGCCCUUUCCGAACAGCAGUGCCUUCACGCCGAAACUAAGUUUGGUCGGUCUCGGUUUGCCCACAAAUGGGCCGCAGCAUUUUCAUCAGUUCUCCAUCAACCCCAUAACAGCAUUCAAUCCGUUAACGCUGCCACCUUUGCAGAGCAUGACCGGUAGUGGUGAGAAAAUUAUACCACAUGUACCUGGUAUACCCGGACCAAACAGUCUAACACCCCAACUGCCACCACCGCAACAUCUGCAGCUGCCGCAACCGGCAACACAACUGCUGACCGCAGGACGUUCGCUCAGUCCGAAUCGCAAAAAGACACAAAGUCCGCUGUCAAUUGCCAACAGUGCUAGUCCCAAAUCUAUGACGAUGUCAUCGCAGGAAAAUCUGAAAUCUGUAUCACCUUUUCGUGGUGCGCAAAAUGCACCCACCGAUUUCGAACGUGCGUCAGGCAUGCGUGCGGCACGCAGUUGGAAUCCGCAAGCUGCCGCAGGCUCGACAAGCAAGCCACAUAGUUUGGAUGUGCCAAAGAAGUCAUUCAAUUUCACACGCAUGGCGGACAAUAUAAGUCCACGCAAAGGUGGCAGCGCCAAUGUGCCAAAAAGCUCGCCGCCAGAGGGUGAAGUGCGUCACUUCAAUUUCGAUCAUUUAACUAAGGAUGUGGAGACCGGCAUCACGACACCGGCAAACUCUGCACUCACACCGCUGCAUGUUGAUAUUAGUGCCAGCGCUGCGUCUGGCAACAGCAACGGCUCGGAGCCCACCGAUGCCGAGAGGAAGAAAUCUAAAUUUCUGCGACCUACCAGUCUACCGCUCAAACCCGGCACAUUUACACCGAAAAGACAUCACGGCAUCACACCUAAUGCCAACACUCUGCCACUUAUUUCACCGGAGACACCACGUCAAUCCAAGUCUUGCGUACAACUCUAUCUGAACGGACAUGCCUACACAUAUUUAGGACUCAAGUGUAGCACGAAAAUGUUCUACUGCACCGUUAACUGUCCGCAGGCUUCUUAUGUGGCGGGCGCUCAGAAGCUCUCCAUGUACAGCGUGUGGAAGGUUUGCGCGGAAAACAAUCCACAUCCGUUGGGCUUUAAACCGAAGUUGGUGAUGUCCCUGUAUGACUCACGUCAGAAGAGCUCUACCAGCACUAUGGCCGGCAUGAAUAAGGUCCCCUACACUUUGGUUGUCUCGCAGCAGAUCGUUAUGACACCGUUCGAGAACAAUCAGGGUCAGUAUCUGCACCAUCAAUUGAAGCAAAUCUCACUCAACACCAAUACAACGGAGAGCGCCGAACAGUUGAAGAAGGUUAGCGCCGGUAGUAGCGGUAGCAGCAGUGGUAGUAAUGGCAGCGUAGAUAGCAGUGGCAAGAAAGAGCCAUCGGCUAGUCAAAUGUUAAUUGGUGGCUAUGAAUCGCACGAGGACUACACCUAUAUACGUGGUCGUGGUCGUGGCCGAUAUGUCUGCUCGGAGUGCGGCAUUCGUUGUAAAAAACCUUCGAUGUUGAAGAAACAUAUACGCACCCACACGGAUGUGCGUCCAUACACUUGUAAACAUUGCAAUUUCAGCUUUAAGACAAAGGGCAAUCUCACGAAGCACAUGCAGUCAAAGACGCAUUUCAAGAAAUGUCUUGAGCUCGGCAUUAACCCUGGACCAAUGCCGGCUGAUGGUGAAUUUCUCGAACCGGAACCAGAGUUCGAUCAGCAAUCGACCACAUCGGCUGGUGGACGCACAUCGUCCAUACCAGGCGAAUCGGACUCGGACGAUUACAGUGAUAACGAGUCCGAAAGCAGCGGUAGGCAUACGGAUGAGUCGAAGUCGCGUCUGCUGGAGCAUGAAGCGGCGCGUGGUUUGCUUUCGCUCUCUAUGACACCACCCAUCGGGCAAAGCAUUUCACCGCAUCCGAAAAGUGAGCCAUACCCAUAUCAGCAGCAUGGCGAACGCAUGGAACCAGCAGCUAUGUCGUUUGUAGGCCAGACAAGCAUGGCAACAACAACAGUGACAACGACCUGUGCGUCAACUGGCAGCACGCAUCCCACCGGUAUCAAACGUGUCAUAUCAUUCAGUUCACCCAAACCACCGUUCGACUAUCAGAAACAAGAGCAAUACUACUCCAAUCCCGAAGAGUCAAAGCCGAAACACAAUAAUAGCGCCGCUGCAGCGAGUUAUGAAAGUGCACCCAUAGAUCUCACCAAGCCACGUGCUGCCGUAAGUGUUACAACCUCGUCUGUAACGGCCAACACAGCUGCAGUUCACCUGAGCAAUGCAGCGCUUACAGAAGAAUAUAGUGCCAGCACAGCAGUGCCGCUAAGUGGUCCGCCAGUACAAACACAAGCGCAAAUACGUGACGUGAUCUUCGGCAAUAGCAACAAUGAAUCGGGUUUCUUGAAAACACUCAUCUCAGUGUCGGACAAAGUGCGCAGCUCCACUGAAAUGCUUGAGAACUACAAGAACGGAGAUGAGCUUUCGCAAGCCUACCAAUACCACAAGGCAUUCCAAUACCAUAAAAUCAAACAAAUCCAAAUGAACCAGAGCUUCCCCGAUGCCGUCAAUGUGAAAGCUAUCAAUCAAAAUCUCGCCAGCACAACAAACAUGAGUACCGUAAGUGUGGCGGGCGCUGGAUCAAGCACCGCGCUCACAACAACAGCAACUGUAAGCAGCGGUGUGCGUAUUUCAGAGAGCAUAGCCACGACGGUGUUAACCAACGACACCACGGAUACCACAGACAGUCUAUCGAACAAACCCUCAGCCGUCACCUCCAACAAAGUGGAGAGGGUAAAGUGCACAACCGAGUUGCAAGUACCCACAAUCGAAGUCAAUGCAGCGCCCACUGAAGAGUCGAAGAGCGAACAAACAGUGGCUCCAGCAGUAGCCGCAAUAGCCGCAAGCAAUAAUAAAGUUAAUGUUUCGAGCAGCAAUGCCACUAAUAACAAAGCAUUACCCACAAAGUCCAACGUGCCUGCGGCUUGUAAAUCAUCCGAUGAAGGUGAAGAUAGUGAAUACGUUUCCGAUCAGGAACAACCAGCAGCAGGUCAUACCGCGAAACGCAGUCGAAACAGCAGCAAUACAACAACCAACAACAGUACAACAAACACCGAGUCGCAUAAUGCAAAAUUACCUGCGGUUGUGGCACAACCAGGGACUACCGAUUUCACAGGCGUGCUUUCGGCACCUGGACGUACAGUCGUUGUUGGCGAAGACGGUCUAAAGAAGUCUGGUAAUAAUGAAAUUCAACCAGUCUAUCCGCGCGUACGUAUGUCACCCGACGGACGACCGGUGUGUAAAGUUUGUUCGAAAACGUUCCAGACACAAGGCCAAUUGUCUUUACAUAUGAAUAUACAUUACAUGGAGCGCAAGUUCCGUUGUGAGCCAUGUGGCGUAUCUUUCCGCACACAAGGUCAUCUGCAAAAGCAUGAACGCGCCGAAGCACACAAGAACAAAGUCAUGAUGACGUCCACCUUCGGCGUGCCGACGACCUCCAACCCACGUCCCUUCGAGUGUACCGACUGUAAAAUCGCCUUCCGCAUACACGGACAUCUCGCCAAGCAUUUGCGCUCUAAAACACACGUACAAAAAUUGGAGUGUCUACAGAAAUUGCCAUUCGGCACUUAUGCCGAAAUCGAAAGAGCCGGCAUUAGCCUCACCGAGAUCGAUACUAGCGACUGUGAGAACUCGCUGAUCUCACUGAAAACACUUGCACAAAAACUCAUCGAAAAGGAUCCGAACAAAUUGGGCAGCUACACAACACCGUCGGGCAUGAGUGUCGGCAGUGGACUGAGUGGCACCAGUGGUGGUAUGAGCGAAUCAGCUGGUAUAAAUAACAAUCACAGCGCGAUUGUGUCGCAGGAUAGCGCAUCAGAGGAUGAUUUCAGCGCGGCUACAAUAGCAGCUGCCACAGCUAUUGCCUCGCUGGACAACGAUAGUGCAACGAACACACCGAAACGCACCAACUCAACCUCGGAAGACGAAGCCAUCGCAAGCGGUUUGAAUAAUAAUCUUAAACGCCGUCUGCCCGGCAACUUCAGCAAUGGCGAAGAGAGCGACAAUCCCACCGAGAGUGCGAGCAGCGAGAAACGUGCGCGUGUCUCCUCACUCUCCAGCAUCGGUGCAGCCAGCGCCACCGCUGCGGUCGGCUCACCCGCAUCGAUUACCUCAUCGAAUGCAUCAUCAAACAACUGACAUUUUGCUUAUGCGCCGUUGAGUGGAUGAAAAAGAGAUGGUUUGCCGCUGACAAUGCCACAACACAAUGUCGCCGCCGCCAGGCAGCAGUCACCAGCAACGCAGCCAGUAACCGCACAAUGGCCAACGCCUGCUUUGCAUUACAACAAUUUUCACAACGCCACUAACAGCGACUGGAGCGGUAGUAGUGUUAGUGGUUUGGAGCAAAAACAAUUUCAGCUACAAUUACAAUAUCAGCCGCGCCAUGCGGUGGAAAGACCGUUUGCCUUUCCCCAGUUGAUGCAGAGGAAGUACUAGCGUGUAGUACUGAUGAAGCGGCUAACAAGUGCGUAAGCACGUGAUAUGUACAUACAUAUAUAUAUAUAUAUAAAGAGUUUAUAUUAUAUUAAGUAGAUUUGUGUAAGAAAUUAUGCUCAGCAAUUAUGUGUAACGGCAGUUGUGUUCAGUUGAAAAUUAGUUUUGAAAAGACAAAAAAUCCCAAAAAGUCAGCGCAUAUCCUGUAUUACAUAUCGUAUGUAGACAACAGUUAUACUUACAUAACGGAUACACUUACAAAACACACACUUUUUUACAACAAUAAUUUCAUUUUUUUUUACAAAGUAAGCAGCAAAUUUGAGGUUAUUCCAAACCAUGAAACACAAGAGAACAAAAAUCCGCUAAAUAUUGAGAGAAAUAUUAAAAAAAAUUUCGGAAAAAGUAUAAAAAUCUGUAUUUGGGCGCAGCUGUCGUUAUAUUUUUGCUUAGCAUUAAAUUGUGUCCACUCUAUAGAGUUGGCUUCUGUUUAGUAUACAAAUAUUUAUAAUUAAAAAGAAGCAGGUUGUGUGCUAAAAUGAAAUAAAAAUAGU